CGACGCUCAGUCUUCAAAGAGAACUCGACGGAACAACAAGUGCCGAACGGAAGACGGCCAAAAAGCCAAACAAGAACACUUUUUUUGCCAACAUUGUGAAAAUACAGAAAUCUAAAAAAUAAACUAUACAGAUCAGAGAUCGAUCGAGUGCCGGACCAAGAAACAGAGUGAAGCGCGAAUAGUUUCGCUAGUGUUUUCAAGGACGCAGUUUUGAAAAGUUUUUGUGGCCAGUAUCGGAGACGCACGGGUCCAAAGUAGCAGACCCGGAUCCAACAACACUUUCAACGAUUCUUGGCCGCCAAUAAGCGGCGCAUUUGACCGCCUUGUCCAAUAAACAUGGCCGCCAUAUAACCAACUACGGCGGACAGGGACAACCACAAGCUAAUUGCGAUUAGACAAGCGUACUAACACUACUACUAUUCCGACAAGGAGCUCCAAAACAGACCAAAGAUGAACAGCCUGGCACGUGUCUUCAGCAACUUCCGUGACUUCUACAAUGACAUCAAUGCGGCCACUCUGACGGGAGCCAUCGAUGUCAUCGUGGUGGAGCAGAAGGAUGGAGAGUUCCAGUGCUCACCCUUCCACGUCCGCUUCGGCAAGCUGGGAGUGCUGCGAAGCAGGGAGAAGGUGGUGGAUAUAGAAAUCAAUGGCGCCCCGGUGGACAUACAGAUGAAGCUGGGCGACUCUGGUGAGGCCUUCUUCGUGGAGGAGUGCCUGGACGAUGAGGACGAGGAGCUGCCGGCCAACCUGGCCACCUCCCCCAUCCCCAACAGCUUCCUGCAGUCCCGCGACAAGGCCAACGACACCAUGGAGGACAUUAGCGGAGUGGCCGCCGACAAAAACGCUAGUGAGGACUUGCCAAUUUCAUUGCCGCUGCCGCGUCGCAACUCCAUCGACUUCUCCAAGGAGGAGCCCAAGGAAGCCGCUGUCGAGGGCGGCAAGUUCGAGAAUCAGGUCUCCGACUACACCCAGCGCAGGCACACGGACAACACGCUGGAGAGGCGCAACCUGGGCGAGAAGCUCAAGGAGUACACCACCCAGAAGAUACGACAGGAGUGGGCCGAGCACGAGGAGCUCUUCCAGGGCGAGAAGAAGCUAACAGAGUCCGGACAGGAGCUGGACAGCCAAAGCAAGUCGGUAACCGAGACUGAGCCGGAAAAGGAGAAGGAGAAGGAGGCAGCCAAGGUGGUGGCUAAGGAGCAGCCCAAGCUGGAGGUCAUCAUGACCCCGGUCACGGCCAACAGCGAGGCCACCAAGGAUGUGUCCAAGAGCAAGACCAAGAAGCGCCGCAAGAAGUCCCAGAUGAAGAAGAACGUCCAGCGCAAGACUUCCUCCAGCAGCUCGGUGGGCAGUGCCGGUGGUGCGGACUUGGCAUCCGGAGAAACCCCCUCCCUGGGCGUGACAAAUAUCGAUGAGGGCGAGGCCCCCUUGUCCAGUGCCACUAACAACAACAACACCUCCUCGUCCAACGACGAACAGCCCUCGGCUCCCCUACUGACCGCUCACACCGGAGACGACAGUCCCCUAAGCGAGCUGCCCCACACUCCCACGACGAACCAGCGCCUCGACCUGGACAUCCACUUCUUCAGCGACACGGAGAUCACCAGCCCAGUGGGUGGCGGAGUCAGUGGAUCGGGACGUGCCGCCGGCGGACGACCCUCGACCCCAAUCCAGAGUGACAGCGAGCUGGAAACGACCAUGCGGGACAAGCGGCAUGUGAGCGACGACGACAAUGCCGCAUCCUGGAAGUGGGGCGAGCUGCCCACGCCGGAGCAGGCCAAGACGGAGGCCAUGAGUGCCGCGGAGGCGCAGAAGAGCGAGCGCCACUCCAUGCUGAGCAAUAUGUUCAGUUUCAUGAAGCGCGCCAACCAGAUGCGCAUCGUGGGCAACGGGGAGGCCGGUGACAUCUACCUUUCCGACUUGGACGCCGGCAGCAUGGACCCCGAGAUGGCCGCCCUCUACUUCCCCACGCCCAAGCCCAAAGAGGUUGUCCAGCCGGAGGAGGAUCGGGAGAGCGGCAACGGCACCAGCCUGCCCCAUUCGCCCAGCUCCCUGGAGGAGGGCCAGAAGAGCAUCGACUCGGACUUUGAUGAGAGCAAACAGCAGCCAGGCGGAAGCAAAUACUUGGACUUUGUGGCCCUGUCGACGUGCGGAAUGCCGGAGAACGGAGCUACCCCCUCGGACGAGGAGUUUGACCGCAACCUGGUCAGCUAUCCGGACGUGUGCAAAAGCCCCAGCAUAUUCUCAUCGCCUAACCUAGUCGUACGGCUGAAUGGCAAAUACUACACCUGGAUGGCUGCAUGCCCCAUUGUCAUGACAAUGAUAACCUUCCAGAAGCCACUAACCCAUGAUGCCAUUGAGCAACUGAUGUCGCAGAACGUGGAGGGCGGCAAGUGCGACGACAAGCCGGAGGAAGCAGCCGCCCAGGCGGACAAUGCGGGUCAGACCAAGCGCUACUGGUGGAGCUGGCGGCGCUCGCAGGAUGCUGCUCCCAGCCAUGUGGCCAAUGCCCAUGGAAUACCACAGGGAAAGGAUGAAAAGGAUGGUGACCAGGCAGCUGUGGCCACCCAGACCUCGCGCCCCAACUCGCCGGACAUCACCGACCCCACCCUGAGCAAGAGCGACUCGCUGGCGAAUGCGGAGAACACCUCGGCUCUGGUGGACAACCUGGAAGAGCUGACCAUGGCCUCCAACAAGAGCGAUGAGCCCAAGGAGCGUUACAAGAAGUCACUGCGCCUCAGUUCCGCUGCCAUUAAAAAACUAAACCUCAAGGAGGGAAUGAACGAGAUCGAGUUCAGUGUCACCACCGCCUACCAGGGCACUACGCGCUGCAAGUGCUAUCUGUUCCGCUGGAAGCACAACGACAAGGUGGUCAUCUCGGACAUCGAUGGCACCAUCACCAAGUCGGACGUCCUGGGCCACAUUCUGCCCAUGGUGGGCAAGGACUGGGCCCAACUGGGCGUGGCUCAGCUGUUCUCUAAGAUCGAGCAGAACGGCUACAAGCUGUUGUAUCUGUCGGCCCGGGCCAUUGGCCAGAGCCGGGUGACCCGGGAGUAUCUGCGAUCCAUUCGCCAGGGCAAUGUGAUGCUGCCGGACGGACCGCUGCUGCUGAAUCCCACGUCCCUGAUCUCGGCCUUCCAUCGCGAGGUGAUCGAGAAGAAGCCAGAGCAGUUCAAAAUUGCCUGUCUGUCGGACAUCAGGGAUCUCUUCCCCGACAAGGAGCCCUUCUACGCCGGCUAUGGCAAUCGGAUCAAUGAUGUGUGGGCCUAUCGUGCCGUGGGCAUUCCCAUUAUGCGCAUCUUCACCAUCAACACGAAGGGCGAACUGAAGCACGAGCUGACCCAAACAUUCCAAUCCUCAUACUGCAGCAUGGCGUACAUUGUGGAUCAACUGUUCCCGCCGGUGAAGCACGACGAAGCCUCCGCCGAGUUCUCCAACUUCAACUACUGGCGCGACCCCAUCCCCGACCUGGACAUCCCUGAACUGGAGACGGCCCUGGUGCCGCCGACCACCAAAACGGACGUGGCCACGUUGCGUCCCAUUCCCGAGAAGUGAGGACCCACCACCUCGAGCACUAUAAUCAUUAUAAUACGGAUAUGCAACCCACUCUCUCUAUAUACAAUAGCGGAUAGAGCUUUCCAGACUUGUUUGCCUAGCUUUUGACCCAUCUAGAUGUGCUUACCAAAAAAUCUUGCAUAGCUUAGCCAGGAUUCCAGUCAGCCUCCUGGGCCUCCUGGACCUCCAUAGCUUUUCAUUUCAUUUUUCGUUUGCCUUCAUUACAACUGGAUGUGUAAUGGAACUUCCUAGUUUAAUGGGCGGAUUAAGUUGUAAUCAAAAUUUAGUUAUUACUACUGUAGUUAGUUCCUUUGAGACUCCUGCACGUUCUUAGAAGAAGCAGUAGCUGGAUAAUGCAAGGAUCUUGUGAUUUUCGAUUUUCGAUUAUCGUAUUUCGAUUUUCGGUUUCAUUACUUUUCGAUUUCGUAUGUGAUCAUUUAAAUUUAGUUUAUUGUGAUGAGGUUUUAUUUGAAGUUAUUCUGAAAUCUGUGCUUUAGACCUAUGUUUACUUAAUUCAUAGUUUUUCAAUAAAAUUACAUAUAUGCUUAGAAAUUCAACGAAAGCUGAAAUAAAAA